UGGAGACGGAGACUGGGACCAAGGAUCGUGCUUCGAGGCUUAGAAAUGAAAAGAAAGUGAAGAGCUGAACAGGACUCCUUUAGUUUAUAUAAAAACUUAAAUUCAUUCUCCAUAAAAGCUAUCCUUUCGGUAACCUUACCUUACCCUUAGCCGUGUACCUUUGAAAGUGCAUAAAACGUUACCUAGCAACGGCUUCUUGGAGGAGGGUCUGGAACCACAACAGAAGUUGGAAAUUUCUUUAUUAAAAUGUUGAAAUCUCUGGGGCAAAGCGAUGGCCAACAGCCACAGCUGCAACUCCUUUGGGAGGACAAGGAUGUCAAGUUUGAUACGCCACAUCUGCACACUCGUCUACGCACUGGAGAGAAGGUGCUGGAUUACAUCUACCAUAUCGAGGACAGCAAGGGUAAUCCUGGGGACACGGGCCGCCUAAUGGUCACCAAUCUUCGGGUGAUUUGGCAUUCUUUGGUGCACAAAAAGUACAAUUUAUCCAUUGGUUUUGCGAGGUUUGGAAACACCAAUACCAGAAUCGUGCACAUGCACUCCAAGGGCAGGAUGCCCAGUCAGGCAUUGUACAUUCUGGCCAUCAGCAAUGAGACGCGUUUCGAGUUCCUCUUCACGGAUGUGUCCGGCGAAACGGCGCGGCGUGAUCAGCCCAUCUUUGCCAGCGUCUUUGAUGUGUAUCAAUUAUAUCAACGGACGUAUCUCUAUCGCGACUUGAAGCUGCGUGGAGCCAUCGUGCUCUCUGGACAACUGAUUAUCCUGCCCGAUGAGCAGGUCUACAGCCAGGUACAGGGCGUCUGGAAUCUAUCCAGCGAUCAGGGAAAUCUGGGCAGCUUUGUCGUCUCUAACAUACGUCUUGUGUGGUUCGCUGAUGCCAAUGAGACCUUCAACAUCAGCCUGCCAUAUCUGCAAAUUGAGAGCCUACGUGUGCGAGAGUCCAAGUACGGGCCUGCAUUGGUCAUCCAAACAGCCGAGACUGGCGGCGGCUAUGUACUCGGCUUCCGCAUCGAUCCCGCCGAGCGGCUGAACGAUCUAUUCAAGGAGCUCUGUUCGCUGCACACGGUCUACAUAGAGCAGCCCAACUUUGGCAUCCACUACGAUGCUCAGGAUGCGCGCCAGCGACUGGCGGAUGCCGCUGAGGAGGCGGCACAAGCUACGCAAUUCAAGAUCGAGAAUUUCGAGGAGCUGGACGAGCGGCAGGAGCGCGAAAUCAAUACCAAACUGAAUAGCUAUCUGGCGGAGGGUUGUGUGUCGCACAGCAAUCCACAAUCGGAAAGAGACCCAGUGUAUUGCAAGGAGUUGGGUUUUGCCAUGGAGCGGAUACGGGAGGGCUACAAGCUGCAGGAUUUGUGGAAUGUUAUGCCCACAAAAAUGGAGAUAUUCGAGGAAUAAUCUGAAGGAAUCAAAGAUAUAACUAAUGAGAGUGUAGAGGAUAUGGUAAUGGGUACCGGAAUUCAGUACGAAAUCAAACAAAGUUCUGUCGAAGCCAAAGACAAUAUUGAUACAGAAAAUAAAGAACGAUUUCAUGAAUGAAAAUGAAAGUGUAACUAAAGAUUAAACACGAUUUACGAGAAGAUAUCUAAAAGUUUAAGGACUGUCAAGAAAAGAUCGAAUAAGGCUCAAAGAUUCGCUUUUUGGGGAAUAGAAAAGGAAAAACAAAAUAAAUUCAUAAUCUUGUAGUUAUUUUUUAGGGAUUUUUAUUGACGCAUACAACUCGCUGUGUGUUUAAGUAAUUUUGCAUUUGUUUGGAAUCUCUUGAAAUUGUUCUUAGCUUAGGGCUAAUGCUUGAUAAUUUGUCUUGAUUUUAUGCUU